AUGCCGCGAUCUUGUUAUUUAGGUAAAAGAAAAAGCACAGAGGAUGAAAAGAUUUCUUUACAUAAAUUUCCGAAAACACCAGAAGUACGUAAAAAAUGGAUCGACGCUUGCGGAUUGCAUGAAAAAGAUGUAUCCCAUAUUUAUAUUUGCUCACAUCACUUUGAAUUACCUGAUAAUUUAGUUGCAUUGAACAGAUUACCUCCUGGGGCUAUACCCACUAUAGCUAUACCAAAUCACUCAAUUGAAUUAUCAAAUGUGUCAACAAUAAAAAGUACUACAGUUAAUACAUCGAAAUCAUCUGAAGUGAACAUCUCCAAUUCUAAUAUAAUGGAUUGUGCUAACGCUGUUCAUUCAGUAUCGGAAGCUUCGACUUAUCAUUCAUUGCCAAUAAUAGAAAGUACUAGUAUGUCAAAUUUAUCUAAAGUGAAUAUUACAUCUCCAAUUGUACCUAAUGAAAUGGAUUUUGAUGAUGAAGUUCAGCCAAUAUCCGAAGUUUCCACUGAUUAUUCAUUUUCUAAAGAGAACAUUUCUCCUCCUCGAAAACGUUUGUUUGCAAAGCCAAGAUAUAUUUCAGAAAUUAAUACUAGUGACGUUAGUACACCAAAAAGAACGAGAAGAGUAAUUAGUUUCAUUAAACAAAUGGAUCAAAAGAAAAGCAAACAAAUCAAAGAUUUACAAGAUGAAAACAGAAGACUUCGAAAGCGAAUUGUUACAUUGCAAGAACUAGUAUCUCAUUUGAAAGAAUCAACAUUAAUUUCUGAAGAUGUUGGAGAUCAUUUAAUGACUAACCAAUUUAUUAGCAACAUUAAUCUGUAUUCAUAG